CUGAACACAAGAGCAGAUUCACACCAUGUUUGUUCUGGGUCUGAUCACCUGUGUCGUGCUGAGAGCAUUCAGUGCUCAGGCAAAAGUGGUCGAUAGUUUUGAGGAGUGUAAAGAGUUUUUCUACAAAGGCAAAGAACCAAGUGGAAUGGAUCAGAAUGCCAAGAAAAUCUGUCAGAAGCUGGAGACUUCAAACCACUUUUAUUAUGCUACGCUGUACUCGGUUUAUCAUAAGAUCCCUCUCUACAGCGCCUACACACUGGACCCUGCAUGCAAAACCGACAAAGAUAGAAAAGACAUCUGGAGCCUCGAGCCACAGAUUUCCCAACGUGAAUCCCAAAUUGAUUAUAUGGUCCGUGAGAAUACGUAUAAUCAAAACGUUUAUAAAGGAAAUCAAGCCAUCAGCAGCGACUACAGCAACACGGGAUAUGAUCGUGGACACCUGAACCCCAGCAGUUUCCAAUGCAGUGACGGACGAACAGCAACAUUCACACUGACCAACGCUGCACCCAUGAAAGAGCGAUUCAACCGUGUCCACUGGAAGAGAUUGGAGAUUAUGCUGAGGACUUAUUUAAUACAGCAGUUUUUCAAGGAUGGUGGUCUCGCAACAGCUUUCAUUGUCACAGGUACAGUACCCGAUCACGAUGUACGGAUACCACACACGAAAAGAGUGACGGUGCCCUCUCACGUCUGGACGGCUGUCUGUUAUAAACACCUCAUUGACGACACAAAGUCCUUUUCCUUCGGCUACAUUGGGAGAAACCAGCAGGAAAAGCCUGACAUACGCCUGAUGAGUGUCUCACAGCUUAACAAUGAGCUGAAGUCACACUUUGGGACCAAUCAGCCGAUUAGCAUUUUUGCUGAUGAUUGUUUUGGUAUUGAUAAUAAUUUAGUUGAGGUUCAGCUUGUGUUUCAGAAAUUAAUUAAUCUACCAGUGACCCAAGCAGACCAAAUAAGCUCAGAAAUACAAAACACCUUCAGCACACCACCUGAAAAAAGAUUCAGGGUGAAUGAGAAUACAGGAAACAUAGCUUUUGACAGCAUGAGCACUUACUACGACGUGACAGAGAACCUGAAGAUUUUUACUGGAAGUGAUUGUCUUAUAACUUACGUCAAAUCACCAGGAAUAACAUCUGUGCAUGAUGAGCUCAGAAAGAGGCAGGUAUCUGCAUGGUCAGAUGAUGUUGAAUGCCAGCUGGUCCCAGAGAAUCAGAAGAAUCAGAAGACUGCAGCUGACGGCUCAACCUGCUCAAGCGUCUCAGAAUCUGAUUACAGCUGUCGAUGCGACACAGGAAAGGAAACCAAGCUCUGCUGCUCCACUCCCUGCCUGUACAUGGAGAAAAUCAGUGGCUACAGGUGUUACUCAGACCAGAAGCUGAUAGAGUGUUCACCCCCAUACUCACUCAUCACAUAUAAAGGAAAGAGGUGCUUGGAUGAUCACCCCUGCGCCACAUAUGGCUACGACUAUUACUGGUGCUGGACCAGUUACAAUUUUUUAGACUUUGACUGGGACUACUGCAGCCCUCCGCUGAGGUACAGUAAGACAAUAAAAGGGCAGUACUGCCGCAGCAACCACGCCUGUGCCAAAUAUGGUUAUAAAUAUACGUGGUGCUACACGGAUGAUAAAGACAACUGGAAUUACUGUUAAAGAAACUGUAGCUGGUAGAUGAUUUACAGUGUUUAUUACAAUUAAUACUAAAGAAUGGCUUUGCUAAGUUGAUUGUGAUUGUACUUGCAUUACUAACAAACAUAAAGUCUCUCAUAUGUGCUUCCAAAAUUAACACCAGCUUAAAAUGUAUUUUUCCUUGAUGAUUUGUUUGCAAAAACAAA